AUGAAUUUGUACGUUUAUCUAUUUCCUUUGAUGAUCAAUAUCUACGCAAGUGAAAUAAAUAUAAUAAAGAAGCCUGGAGAAUUGGAGAUGGUAUUUUACUUGCCUUUAUGUCUAGACCAGGGACUAACGAUAGACUCUUUAGUCAUAAUAGAAUAUAUCAAUUACAUGCUUUCCAUUUUGGAUGAUCAAAUACCAUUCACAUCGCUGGGAUAUGUUAUAUACGAUAGCUGUGGUGGAAGCGAUGUGUUUUUGAGGACGGCAAUAGAAGAUGCUUUACAACCGAGGAAGUUUGAUGACAAUAGGUGUAACGACUGCAAAUUGAACCGUUCAAUAAAUGGAUACAUGUUAACUGCUAUUUCUAGUUUGCCAGAGCAUCACACAUUAUUUUUGGCGAAAGUUUUUUCAGCAGAAAGAAAAAAAUUAAUUUCUCUAUCGCAAGAUAGCCCUGAUCUUGAUGCAGAAAAAUUUAAAAACUACUUUCGUAUGAACUCUGGAAAUUUAAUAGUGUUUAAUUUCUACAAGGUCAUAAUUGAGCAUUUCAAAUGGAAAGGAGUUGGACUGAUACUAUCGAGUCAAUCGUAUGGUGAAGUAGGCAACGUUGGAGCGUCGAAGUAUUUCAGAAGCGCGGCUUUUUGUGUAACUUUUACGGAAUACUUCGGAGCAAACUCCACAGAUAUGAUAAGAAGACUAAAAGAAUAUAAAUUUGCAGAUGUUUUUAUUUUGUGGCUUACUGUAGAUGAAAGCAUGAGGUUUCUUCGACUUGCUGACGAACAUCAAAUAUACAAUAAGACAUGGAUAGCAAGUCCAUUGCUAUCCAAAAUCCCAACAGACUUUUUCAACACGUUUAAUCCACUUUUACUUCAGGGUAUGUUGAUGAUAAAGUUAAAAAAUCAAUUUUCCGAAUUCAUAGAUCCAAGCAUGGAAGGAUUUUAUUCAAAAUUCUGGACUUUAUCAACAUCGGACAUAGCAACAACCCGGUGGCAAGGUAGUGUUGACAUGACAAUGUUGCGUCAAAACAUAAGCUUAAAAAGCAUGAAGGAGAACAUUUCGCUCGAAACGUAUGCUAUAAUAGACCGGAUACACAAAGCUGUGUUCACCAUACAAUUUGAUGUUUUGAGCGCACAUGAGAAACAUGUACAGACUGAGAAAAUAGUCAACGAAUUAAAAAAACAAAACUUUGGUUAA